AUGAACGAAGCAGCGGCUCUAUGUGCGGCGGAUUGCCCGGAGGCGUGUCCUCGCGCCUCGCCCAUUGAUGCCCCUGUCUCUCCCGAUGCGUUGACAAAGACGCAGGAGUUUCCAGUCGAAGCUGUCUUCUCCGCAGUCCACGCUGGACUUGUGGAGAAGGCGCUCCACGACCUUGACAACCAGGCAGAAAUUGAUUCGUCGGCUGCACGACUCGUCGGGGAUUUCCUCGACGCCUUCGUUGUCGACGCCGGCGUCCACGCCGCCCGGACAUGCCGCACGCGCCACGGGGCGACCCUGACUCGAGAAGAUCUUCGUUUUUGCCUCGCCCGGACCUUCGCGGUUCCCGCCUCGGCCCUCGCACCUCCCGCCAGUCUCUGCGGAGACGGGGACACGUCCUGCUCGUUGGGCCUCGAGGUUCCACUCUCGAGUUUCGCGUGGUCUGCGACGCGCGUAGGCUCCAGCGCCCCUGCCCAGUCUCUCAAGGCCCUCGUCAGCCGGCAGCAAGAGACGCAGGCCUGCCUGUUUCAGCAGAUUCUCCUUGAGCAGAAAGAAGGCGGCUUUGGCGGCGCGGGGAAUCGGUCUGAAGGCGGCAGGAAGAUCCGCGUCAGGACACUUGUCUCCGCUCAGAAGGGCGCCGUGAAGGGUACCGCUGCGGCUCCGCAGACUCAAGGCUCCGGCGAGCGCACCGAGGAGAAGAAGAGGAGAGCGGAGGACGACAGUGAACCCGGCGAAGAGAGCAAACGGCACGCCUCCUUCCGGGGGCCUUCGACGCAGGCGGGGGAGAGCGAAGAGGCGUUGUCAGCGAAGAGUCGCCUCGCCAGCGCUGUCGGCGACUGCGGCGCGGUUGACGCUUCGACUCCAAGAGCUGGGAAGUUGAGGACAGAUGAGGCGGAUCGGGACGCAUCCGCCUCCGUGGCCGCCGAGCAGGCCUCGAGACAAGGAGACGGGCUCUCCGGCGAGACGGAGAGAGAAGACACAACAGAAGACUCCAGUCGCGUCAGCGCAGCUUCGCGGAACUCGAGUCAAGAGGUCUAUCGAGGAACCUCGCCCGCACCGGUCCCUGGACAGUUUGAUCUCGGCAGACUCCCGGUCGCGGCGCACCCUGCGCAUCCGUCGUCUUCGCUUCUCGCUUUCGCAGAGCAUCCGAAUCAACGGCUGGCGUCUGGGGAGAUAGCUUCCCACGGCGGGGAUCCCCCCAGCGGCCGCGCCGCUUCUUCUCUCGCCGUCUCUGGCGCGACUGCAGUCCCGCGUCACGCGUCUUCGGUGCCAAUGCAUGCGCGCUCCCUCCAUCACCCCGUUUCCGAAGGCGGGCUCGAUCCGCCGGUAGACUACACACAGGCCUAUUCUUCAUCUUCUCUUCCUUCCUCUCUUCCCUCUUCUCUUCCUUCUUCUCUUCCUUCCUCUCUUCCCUCUUCUCUUCCUUCUUCUCUUCCUUCCUCUCUUCCCUCUUCUCUUCCUUCUUCUCUUCCUUCCUCUCUUCCCUCUUCUCUUCCUUCUUCUCUUCCUUCCUCUCUUCCUUCUGCGCCUCGCAUGUCGCCGUCGCCGCACCUCCUGGUCCAGCACAGCGCCUCGCCUCCGGGAGCGUCGCUCAUUUCGCAGCCUCCGCUGUCGCCGUCCAUGCCUUCGGCUUUCGCGGCUUCUCCGUAUUUCCCGGCCGGUUUCGCCUAUCCCGUCCUGCAAGGCCCCGCAUCCGCGACGCCGCAAGAUGCGCGGUUCUUUGCGGGUGCUUCCCCAAGCAGCCUCCUCGCUUCGCCCCUGGCUCCGAUGCGGCAUGCGCAAGGGAGACAGUCGGGACCGCUCGAGGGCGAGGCGCGGGCGGCAACAGUGGCGCGGAAGUACUGA